CAUGUGCAAUAUGAGGUCAAUCAGUCGCCAUUUUGGAAGAGCAGAGUAGGGAAGCGAGUUGGGAAAGCGGUUUUCAAACUUGGGAAGAUCUGGAAAACAGGGAACAGUCUCUCAUACACCCAGUGCGCGAUCAAAGCGUUUAGCAUUAAGCUGUCAUAACUACAAGCGAGAAACGGCCAUUGAAGGACCAAAGAUUAAGACUCCGCAACGUGACCUGAAUACCCAACCCGAAAAGUAUCUUCUAACUGGAGCACAGACUGGUUACUGUGGGCUUGAGUUAGAACUGAAUUUCGAGUAGGGGAGCAGAACCCCGCGGCUCUGUCGGAUCCACAUACCCCCAGAAUAGUCCACCCUGUUCUGUCUCCAGGGUGGCAACAGUAACGAGCAUAAGCUGUUCUUUGUUGCUUAAACACACAAGGAAUACAACAACUAUGGAUGGAGAAGAGGACGAGUUAUUCUCCGGAAACAAGUCAGAUGAUGGUGGUGCCACUCCAGUGCAGGAUGAACACGAAGGCUCUGAUGCAGAAGAAGGCAGCCCUGCACAGCGCUCGGGCUCAGAGGCAGGCAGUGUAGGACUGCACUCGGAGGAAGAGAAAAACGAUGAAGAUGACGGUCCCACAAGCAGCAGGCAGAAGAACAGGAUGGCCAGUGAUUCAGAAAAUGAAGACGCCCCCAGACAGCGAGACGGCGACCCCGAAAAGGAGAAUGCUCCCAAAUCUCAUGACAGUGACUCGGUAAUUGAGGAGGAGCCCAAAAAUCAGGUCAGUGACUCGGAAAAGGUGAAUGCUCCCAAGUGUAAAGACAGUGACUCGGAAAAUGAGGAGACUCCCAAAAUUCAGGACAGUGACUUAGAAAAGGAGAAUACUCCCAAGUGUAAAGACAGUGACUCGGAAAAUGAGGAGGCUCCCAAAAUUCAGGACAGUGACUUAGAAAAGGAGAAUACUCCCAAGUGUAAAGACAGUGACUCGGAAAAUGAGGAGGCUCCCAAAAAUCAGGACAGUGACUCGGAAAAGGAAAAUGCUCCCAAGCCUUAUGGCAGCGACUUGGAAAGUGAGGAGGCUCCCAAAAAUCAGGACAGUGACUCGGAAAACGAAGCCGCUCCCAAACGUAAAGACAGUGACUCGGAAAAUGAGGAGGUCCCCAAAAGCAAAGGGAGCGAUUCUGGAAAUGAGGAUGCCUUGAAACGCAAGCGAAGGAUAGAGUCUGAUGAAGAGGCAGACAGUGACAAAGAGAACGGCAGGGAGCAGAAGGGAGUGGUGAGUUCAGACAGCGAGGACGAGGCAAAGCCAUCACAAGCUGACGGCAGUGAUAGCGAGGUGAGAGAGGUACCCAAGCGCCGCAAACUGGCUGACAGCGAUGAAGAGGAGGAUGAGGAAGGGAAGAAACCAGUAAAGCGGAAGAAGACAAUCCUUUCUGACAGCGAGGAUGAAGAGAAGGAAGAAACAUCCCCUGUGAAGAAGAGCCGCAUCCUGUCGGAUGGUGAGGAAUCCGACACCAAUCAGAAGCUCAAGGCGUUGGGUUCAGACAGUGAGGAUGAGGAGGAUAAGGAAGGAUUCACGAAGAAUGGGAAAACACUCUUCGGGAGUGACAGUGAGUCUGACAAUGAAGAGGAAAAAAUGAUUGCUGACAUUUUUGGGGAAUCUGGAGAAGAUGAUGAGGAGGAGGAAUUUACAUCCCAACUGAAUAAAGAGGAAGAGGAAGAAGAAGAAGAAGAAGAAGAAGAAGAAGAAGAAGAAGAAGAAGAAAUCUUAUCCACUUUUGACCAGCGAGCUCUAGAAGGUUUACCAGAUGAUAAUGAUACAGUGGAAAGCAUCGCAAAUGAGGAAGCAGAAGUUUCUUCAGCGUGCGAAGAUACCCAAACGGAUAGUACAAAAAUACUACAUAAUUUACAAAUGUCUGGCACCUGUUCCACAGCUGUAUCUGCUGCUACUCCUGCCUCUCCUAUUACUGUUAGGGGGUCUCAGAAUUAUUCUGAUACCGAGUCUGUUGUCCCUGAAAAAGUAAUUCAGUCUUUUAAAAAUACCGCCAGUUUGCUGGCAGCCAAUAACACACAAGUGAAGGAUGAGAUAUCUGCUAUGCGUAAAGAGUUAGCUGAAUUCCGCAAAGACAUCUGUAGAGAGCUGAGUACCUUAAACAGCGUUGUUUCUAAAUGUACUGAAUUCUAUAUGGCUAACAAUAGCAGAGAGAAAAAGGCUGGGAACAGUCCAUUGAAAAGUCGGAGUUCUGAAGGCUGUAGCACUGCAGACAUUAUCCACAAAACACACUAGAGGACUGGAAGGGGCACUACAAGUACAGACACUGCAGCCACCAGCAGCGCAGCCAGCUCAAGUGUCCUCUCGAAAGAUGUGUCCCAAGAUUUUGUAAGAAGACAUUCCAAAAGAGUAUCAGCCGGCAGAAAAAAGCCUAAAUUGGACUUGAAAUAUAUAAGCUAUAUGCUUAACAUUGUUUUUUUUUUUGGUGUGUAUAAUCAUUGUACAAUGACUACUAAUUAAAAUGCAAUAAUAAAAAAUAAAAAAAAUGAAAUCAAAGUAGACUUUAUAUUUAAACUAACACUGGCAUGGUUAAAAGUUCCUUAGAAUUCAAAUCCUAACCCCACAAGCCACAGCUGGAUGUCAGUCUUCAUCAGGCAGGUCAGGGUUAUUUGUUGAAGUAUUUUGCCCGUCAUCGAAAAUGUUAAUAACAUUUCUACGAAUAGCAAUGUUGUGUAAGACGCAAAUAUGUAGGCAACCUUCUCUGGGGUAUAUUGUAGUGCAUCACCUUAUCUAUCAUGACACCUAAACCUCAUUUUUAGAAGGCCAAAGGUCCUUUUAAUUGCACUUCUCGUGGCCCUAUGUGCAACAUUAUAGUUUUCCUCUGCUUGUGUGGAGAGAUUCAAUACUGGUGUCAUAAGCCACGACGUAAAGGAUAGCCAGCAUCCCCUGAAAAACAAAUGAUGGGAGGAUAAAACAUUAAGCAGCAAGGCAUUGAAGUUACCAAAGCCAAAAAAUGAUAUCGCAAAUAAAUACAAGGGGUAACUCCAAAAAUAUUUGUAUUUAUUAUUUUUUUUUAUUAGUUAUUUUUUCGAAACAGAUGUAUUCUGCCACAAGGGCUAGCCAAGAGGGCCGAAUAAAUUUGUUUAGGAAAAAAUAAAAACGAAAUGUAAUUAUAUAUAAAUCUGUUAUCUGGCUAUAUAUUAUUAACCAAUUAAUAUUCCUUCUGGUCGCCGUUGGCGACACAAACAAUUGCCCUAAAUUGGAAUUUUGCAAUAUAUAUGAAUCCUGGCAAGGUUAGUACUUAAUUGGUCCAAUUAAGUAAAUUUAGGGGACAGAUGGAACCAAAACCAGGAAGGACACCGGCCCUGCAGGACCAGGAUUGGACAUCCCUGCUCUAAAUCGCCUGAUAGAUCCACAAUCGCAACCUUGUCUAGUUUGACCAUGUGAACACAUUCGACUAAAAUUAGGAGUAAUAACUGAGAAUCACACGUGGUAUGUAAGUGAAGUAUUUGAGAUGUCUAUUCGAGUGUAUUCUCUUAGUGGAUAACCAAAUCCCCCUUCUUAAGAAUUGCUAAUAGUAGAAUAUAUUUAACAAUUGCAAUUCUCCUCGAAUGCCCCUCUCAAACAUUUGAGAAAAGAGCCCAGUGUCUUUGCCUGUGUAAAGCCCUCUUGCGAGGGUUCUGAUGCUGUCAGAAAAUGUCUACAUUUAAAAUUAAUAAUAAUAAAAUAAAUAAAUGUACAUUUUAAAGUUUUUCUGUUUUUGUUUUUUUCUUUCAUGAUUUUUAUGCAGCACUAGUUUUAGUUGCUAAUGAAUACAAAGUUUUUUUCACAAUAUUCCAUGAGUAAUGCAGUUUGCUCAGAAUUCCAUGUAUGGUUUGCCUGCCUGCAGGCUUCAUUAUUGCAGUUGAAAUAAUGAAUUCUGAGUCCUUGUGACGGGGUACCCCCACCCCUGGGUGUGUGUUUGGUUUAUUUUGUAUAGUUUGGGUUAUGUAUCAUGGAGGAGUUAAUGUAUAUUGGUAUGUGAGCACAGGGAUGUGGGUUUGUGCGUGUGUGUGUGUGUGUGUGUGUGUGUGUGGAAUAGUGGUGAUAGGGAGGCAGUUAAAAUCCUCCCUGUAAAAACACGUGAAUGUGGCUGGAGCCGUGAAUUAAAUACAUGGUUAAAUUAUUUAUUAAGGCUCCAGCCACAGGUGUAUAAAUAGGGUGAUCAUGGGUGAGAAAGGGGUUAGUGUGUUCGGAGGCGGAACACGGGUCGGCAGGUAAAGCGAAGGUAAGCUUAAAAAAAAAAUCAUAGUUGCUACGCGUGCUGGUUAACACCAGCACGAUACUUGUUUGUUCCGUCACUGUGUCCGUUUGUUUUGUUUGUCUGUUUUGGUCACUGCUGUUUUGUUUUGGAGUUCAGUGUUUGUUCCAGUUUUGUGUAAACCUUUUAUUUUUGAUUAAUAAAGAAACGAGCACAUUCGCAUCUCGCACCGCAGUACUGGUCUUUGUUUUUGGUUAUUUCUUCCUGGUCUGUCAUCCACACAAGCUAACUUGUCAUAGUCCUUUACAGUAUUAAAAAUGAGUCCCCCUAUUUUUUCUAUUUUUGUUUCGAGAUUGUUAACCUUGGGGUUGUGUGCUGUAUCAAGCUUUAAUUUAUCAAUGGUGGAUGAAUUCACGUCAUGGGUAUUUCCAACUGCCAAAAUAACUUAAUACAAUCAGUUCAGGCACCUUGUACACAAAGACAAACAUGUUUUGUGAUCAGUUUGUUUUUAUCUACCUUUUAAACGUAAAAGGAUAAAAUAGGAUUUCAGUGCACACAUUUGUGUAUUUGUGUAAGUUUCAGUAUUUAAGUUACCAUUGGGUUGUAAAAUGUAUUGGCAAACGUUUUUGUAAUUUAAAACUAUCUAGUAGUCUACAUGUGUUAAUGUUAAUUUAUUUAGUAACUUGUUCAAAGUGCGUUCAUAAGGUUUUUGUUAGAGAAGAGAGCACAGCGCCUGUGUUAAGAUAUGCUGAGAUAAAGUUGCUGAAAGUAAUCGGUCUGCGUUCAGAUGUUUGACUUCUACAAUUUGUCAUUCAAACCGGAGACUAAUUGCUGUUGUGGUUAUUGUAUUGCCGCUGAUUGCAAACACUUAACUUUAUGUGCUAUACUAAAUUUAAAUAGAUGGGUAGAUUGAUUGACUAUAUAGGAUAGCGAGGAAGCACACUUUAGUCUACAUUGAAAGAGUAUUCAGAGUGCGUGUACUAGAACAGAGAUUUUCUAAAAGGUAAAUUACAUCAAUUAAUACUGUAUUUGCAUAUCGGGUUAAAGGAUAUCUCUGCUCCAUUUUCUAAUUGACUUUAGAGUCUUUAGAUAACCGGCACUGAGUCAGGUCAGAGCUUUGACAAACUAAA